UUAAGGUUAGAUGAGGGUUCUGGGCCUCUUCCCCAACACCCUGGCUACCAGCUUACAAUGAAAGUGAAUGGUGGGCCAAAUUCUGGGACACAUAACACACACUUGUUGGCGAGCAGCCUCCACCUCCACCCCAGCCAAACUGAGUGUCCUGAGGAAACCUUGUAUGAAAAAUUGAUAUUUGGGGACAAAACCUCCAGCACCCUUCCAAAUGGGCUUGAACUGCUCCAUUUUCUCAAUUUAUACACCCUCUUCGAGCAAAAGAGAAAAUGCCUCUGAAAAACACUACUGUUGUGCCCAGAUCUCGAAAUCCCCCACAAAGACCACCAGGGAGCCGAGUCGGAUGCAAGAGCAAAAGGGCCUUUUAUUGCAAGUUCAAACUUGGGCUCCCAGGGACUCCGCUGCAAGGGAUCCAAGCCAGGAGCCCUGAGCUCUGGAGCAGGGGGUUCUUAUGGUCUUAUGGUCCAGCACAGCGGGUGGGCAUGCACAGCUUGAAACAAAGGGGGCCCUUCUGAAUUGGUUAGGUGGGGGGGGGUGUCCCUAAUUGGUGGGCGGUUGUCUCAUGAUUUCGGAGAAUUGCCUGGGCUUGUACUGAGUGAAAUGGCAAGGAAAGCGAAACUUAACUCUUAAGAUGGCCCCUUAAGAUGGCGCUGGUCCGGUUCUUUAACUACACCAAUCCAUGUGACUUGGACACCACUUCGGUUGCCUUAAGAUUGGUGAAGCGCUCGCAUUAGCUGCCUCCGGAGCUUGGCUUUUUGAUUAAAUAUCAGCUAAGCCCCUCUGGAGUGAGUUCUCCCAAACUGGGCACCUGACUGCCCCAGGUGUGGAUUUAAACUAUCCAGGACAUACCUCCUGCUUCUGGGGCUGUGACGUGCGGCUGCAGGAAGUGCCUGGACCAGAGUUGUCAGCCCUCUGUGGGGAUUGUCAGGGCUAAAGAAAGUUGCAUCACCCAAGGUCACGCCUCUCCCAGGGACAGUAGCGUCCAGUGAAACAGUUCUAGGACCGGGAGAAAAAUAACCGCCUUCCCCGAUUUUUGAUUCUGAUGGCAACAGACAAUAAACAAGGUUGAUAUUUGCACUACAAUCCCGCAGUGUGCUCGGAAGCGCUAAGCCGUGGAGAACAACGCAGCGGGGAAGGGGGGUGAGGAGUCGGGGGGAGGGGGGCUGAGUACACGUUUAUGAGAUCAGCAGUUACAUUUGGGGUGUACGGGGAUGAUCCCUCCGGGUGGUCACUCAUCAGGGGAGAUGAGGGAGGGAGCCUCGUGGAUAGCAUUCUCGCUCUCCCGACCCCGGCGGCGCGGAGGUGGCCCAGCGGGGCGCGCACUCCUCAGGCCCCAGGACGCGCCCCUCGCGCACCGGUGCCCGUCCGGGAGGUGGGGGAGGGGCGGAGGCAGCGGGACGUGGCAGGUGUGGCCGCAGGUGCGUCAGCCCCGCCCCUGCCUCUCUUCCGGGGAGGGGCCCCUUCCGGGCCGUCUGCCGGACGUGGGGGGACUGGGCGGCCGUUGACCCGGUGACCGCCGCGCCGUCAGAGGCUGUAAGCAGCGUCCAAUUCGCUCAGACUCCCAAGCCCCCCGAGCCGCCCUUCCGGGGACAUGGGGCCGCGCCCACCCUGCUCCCAGCUCUGCCCUUCUCCGGCCGGGGUCUGACGGGUCUGACCGGUCUGACGGAGCCAGGUGGCCAUGAGCGCCAACCCACAGUGGGACGUCAGUAGGGCGCUGGGGGUGGCCAAGCUCUUCCACUUGGUGUGUGGGGUCCGGGAUGCCUGCGUGACGCCCUUCCUGACCCUCUACCUGAGGCAGCUGGGCUUGGCCGCGCCCUGGGUGGGCAUCCUGAUGGGAACCAAGCACCUGCUCGCAGCCUUCUGGGGUCCCUUCUGCGCUUUCCUGGCCAAAAGCUACCAGAAACGGAGAGCGCUUCUGGUAGGCUCGCUGCUCGGCUCGGUGGGCGCCAGCCUGCUCAUGGUGCUGGUCCCACCGCUGGACAAACAGCUGGAGUACCACUCCUGUAACAGAAGCAGAAGCAUGACCACCACAGCCGUGCCACUGGGGGUCCCACUGACGGUGACUGUCACUUCUGCCCAAGGGCCUGCCUCAAACCACCCAGCAGGAGUACCCAGCCUCCCAGGCAGGAGUACUGGAGUCACUGGGGCAUAUGGCUUCAGAAAUGGAGCCAGUGAAGGUGACCAGGAAACGUCCAGGGAUCUGCAUGGCUAUCUAGUGGGCUCCACUGAAGGAGUUACAACCACAUCCCAAGGUCUUCUCCAUCCUCUCACCCCAGGGAUGAAAGACAGUUCCUGGGAAGGUACUUUUGAGGUGGUCAGCACUGCCCUCCCUUCGCUUCCAGGGGUCACAGCAAUGGGAAGUCUGGCCAAUUUGUCUGUGGCAAAGGGCAAAGCCCAGGUCCUUGGGCUCUCCUUGGAAGGGUUGAGGUGGACUUUCGCCCUCUCCUUGGGGUCCCUGGUAUUCUGGGAGCUGCUGACGGCCCCUCUGGAGCAGGUGGCAGAUGACAGCCUUUAUGAAUACCUGGAUUUUGUGGAUGCCACUGACCGGUACAGACACCUGUGGGUCUGGAGGCUGCUGGGCACGUCGGCAGGUGCAUGCAGCAUCGCGGCCUUGGUGGGGCAGCUGGACUGCUUCCUGAUGACCAACAGCCCCCGGGGUGUGGUGCACUUCUACGGCUACUCGCUGGUCAGCCUCCUGGCCUUGCCAGUGAGCAUUGCCUUCCCUGUUCCUGUCUGCCGGCGCCGGGAGCACAGCUACAGAAGCGUCAAAGCCCUGUCUCUGGUGGGAAGCAACCCUCGCCUGGUGCUGCUGGCCGUCACUGUGUUUUUGUUAGGGGCUGUGGCCAGUACUGUGCAGAACUUCUUGUUCUGGCACAUGAAGGACCAUGGAAGCAGUGAACUGGUUAUGGGUUUCUCAGUUGCCCUCAGCCUGCUGGGGGAAAUUCUGCUUCAUCCCUUCAAAACUACAUUGCUUAGGAAACUGUCCAGGGUGGGCACGGUGGGGCUGGGGUUGGGCUGCCUUGCUGGGCAGCUGCUCUACUAUUCCUUCCUCUGGAGCUGGUGGUCUGUCCUCCCCGUUCAGAUCUUGAGUGCCGUCAGCUACGGGGCUCUGUGGUGGGCAGUUGGGGCCUCCAUAGAGGCCCUGGCCACUCCGGGCACAGAGAGGUCUCUGCGCACCAUGUUCCGAAGCCAUUUUUACGGGAGUGGCUCUGGCCUGGUAAGCUUUGUGUCAGGCUUUGUGGCCAUGCAUUUCAGCCUGUCUCUGCUCUACCAGGCUGGCUGUGUGAUCCUGCUGCUCUGGUUGGCCUUGUUCCUGUCCAUCCAGCCGAGGCUGCCCCAAGAGCGGAAAAUCAACUACUCAAAGCUGCUGGCCCUGGAGGCGAGUGACAGCAGUGACUCUGAGCAGGGGACAGAAAGGGACUGGCUUGUGAAGGCCAUGAGGGAGGAACACUUAGACUGGAAGGGCUGAAAGUCAGAUUGCACUGAUCUGAGAAGGAGCUAAUGGAUUGGACAAAACUCAGUGCCCAGGACAAAGUCCAACCUUGAACCACAGGGAGUCUUGGGAGAAAGAGGGUGUGUCUAUGCGGAAGGUCAAAUAGGAUUAUCUCGUUGCAUGAUUUUCUUUACUUUUUUAGUAAAAAGAGAUUCAACUUCCUGCCAUUCAAUCUUUUUUACAUAAUGGAGGAAGAAUACACUUGCUAAGAAACAAAAAAACGUUUCUUUUGUAGUCACUAUAUUUUGAUGUAUAAGGUUUUCGAGAGUGUUGAUAGUCCUGACUCUGUAGCAAUGGCUAAACUGAUCAAAUUGGCAGUGCCAGGAAGGCCCUGGGCACCUGCAGGAUUCAGCUGAUUUGGAUGAGUCAUGGCAGUCCUGUGGGCCAUAAGGGCAUUAGCCUGAUCCUAUAAAAGUCCUGUUGCAGGCAGAGAAGAAUGAUAAUGAAAACUGAAACUCCUCUCCCCACUGAUAUAUAUACACACCCACGUACUUAAGUUUCCAGAAGAGAAAAUCACAGGGAAUAUAUCACGUGUUUGAUGGGUAAGGGGUGUUAAUAGGUUUCGUUCUUACUCUCAAAUGUGUAUGUUACCAGGGGAAGGAGCCUUAGAAUCAUUAUCCAUAUUUACAUCAGAGCAAGGGCAAUUCCAUGUCCUUUGGACUCACAUUUUGCACAUUCUGCCUCACAAGAGCACAUAGAGAUUUAAACAUCUGUUUUGGGGUACAGCGGCCUCCAUAGGAUAAGAUGCUGCAGGUACUCCACACUGGGAUUUUUAGAGAAGCAAACUAGUGCUGCUGUCUUCCCAGACUCCCUGGACUCCUCCCUGACACCCAGGGAAGGGCCCUUUAUUCCAGAAGUCAAUGUCCAAGAGUCCAAUUCUUCUACCUUAUAUUCAGCUAAAUAUAAGAUAUUGAAUUUAGAAGAAGACUUGUUCUACAGAUCCAAAAAUGUCUCAUAGCUGUAGAAGGGGAACCAGAUAUGUGAAUAUCCACUGGGUCAGAAAUGGGUCUAGGGUUUUUAUUAUUAUUUAAUUUUCCAUAGGAAACUUUAGUAUACAAAUAAGCAACAAAAAAUUACCUCUGCCUUGAGCAAUUAGAGAUUGCUUUGUCUCACAUAAGUCAAAUGAAGGGGUAGCCCAGAGGUGGUACAGCUGCCCAGUAGUGCCCCCGGGGACCUAGAAUCUUUUCAUCUCUUUACUCCAUCAUACUCAGCUUGUAGGUGAGUAUUUGUACUACUCUCAUAAUAACAAGAUGGCUGCUGCACCUCCAGACCUUUCAUCCAUGUUCCAGACAGGAAGGAAAGACAAUAGGACAAAAGGAGAAACAGGACUGGUGCCUAUAUUAGGAAAAUAAAAUCCUUCCCAGAACUCCUCAGCUGACUUCUGAAUGGAUGGUGUCGACAUGGUCACCCCUAACUGCCAGGGAGUCUGGAAGGCAGAGCAUUUUUAGCUCAGAACAGUUAUACCCCAAGCAAAAUCAGGGUUGUAGUAGGAAGAAGGUGGGGCUGGAUAUAGAAUUGGCAACAAGGUAUGUCUAUGGCAGCAUCAGCAGUGGGACUCACAGCCAGACCUGACUCAUUCCAAAGCCUGUUUUCCUUUCACCCCCAUAGUCGUCCUCCCCACAGGAAUGACUUUAGCGAUUUGACCCCCACAAAUUUGUUAUUUGCCUUUUACAAAAUGAGGAAAUGGAGUCUCAGAAAAGCUACGCACAGGGUCACUGGCAAAAACACUACCAGAACUCUGAUCUCCUUACAUCAAAUGUAGGGCAUUGACUUCUAUGUCAGUAAUUCCCCAGCCUGGCCAUCCAUCCCAAUCUGGGGAGCAAAUGCAAAAAAAUACCAGUUUCCUGGAUUCCACCAGACUCUUGCAGAUGGGGCCCAGAAUCUGUAUUUUUAAUGCAACGUCCAAGUGAUUGUGAUGUGGUUAACCAAGGCUAGUCACUCGGUUGCCCUUGCCGUCUCUAUCCCACCACACCUUUGCCAAAUGCUCCUAGUGUUCAGUGGAACAAAUCCUAGCCAUUGAGGGGUCAAUGCAGGCCAGGCACCAUUCUAAGCACUUUACAGAUACUAGCUCAUUUUAUCCUCAAGGUGAUCAUAAGAUGUAGUCACGAUUAACAUCUCCAUUUUACAGAUGGCAGAACUGAUGGCUAAGAAACUUGUUUGAAGUCACACAGCUAGCAGGUGGCAGAGUCGGGGUUCAGAUCCAGCCUGGUGGCUCCUGAGUCUGAGAC